AUCAAUGCCAAAAUAUUGCCAAAAAUAAAAUAUUGAACUUUGAAUUAUUAUAAAAAAUAUCAAUAUUGGAAUGAAGAAAAUAACAAUUUCCAUAUCGUAUUUCAGUUAAUUCAAACUAUGAAAAUAUAUAUUGUUUCAUUACCAAACGAGUACCCCCCCAUUUGGGAUGGCAUUCGAGUGAAAGUUAUUCAAUGCAUUCACCAUACAAUUGGGUCUCUUUAAUUAUUUAAAAAAUGUCGAGUUUGCAAAGCGACUCGGGGCCCCAACAGGUCUUAACAAUAUGUAAAAAUUUAGCAAGCGGAGGUAUUGCUGGAAUGGUAUCGAAAACAACAGUGGCCCCAUUGGACCGUGUAAAAAUCCUAUUGCAAGCCCACAACCACCAUCACGCAAAUCACGGAGUCGUUGGCGGAUUUAAAAGGAUCUUGAGUCAAGAAGGACCUUUAGCACUAUACAAGGGUAAUGGAGCUCAAAUGGUACGAAUAUUUCCUUACGCCGCCUCCCAAUUUACUGCCUUUGAAAUUUACAAAAAAUACCUGGACGGUAUUUUUGGCGAAAAGUCCCACAUUGAUAAAUUUGUAGCUGGAGCUGCUGCAGGAGUCACUGCCGUCUUUCUAACUUAUCCCCUAGAUACAAUUCGAGCUCGAUUAGCGUUCCAGAUUAGUGGUGAACACGUUUACUCAGGCAUCAUCCAUACGGCCACAUCAAUUUUCAAAGAAGAAGGUGGAUUUAAGGCACUUUAUAGAGGCUUUACUCCUACUUUAAUGGGCAUGGUACCUUACGCAGGCCUAUCGUUUUACUGUUUUGAAUACCUUAAGUAUGGUUGUAUCAAAUAUUUGCCUGUAUGGACUACAAAGCCUUGCCAGAAAAAUACAGGAGGCGUAGUCUUGACUGUUCCAGCUAAAUUGCUUUGUGGAGGUUUGGCAGGGGCUAUUGCCCAAAGCUUUAGUUAUCCUUUGGAUGUUACAAGGAGAAGAAUGCAACUGGCAAUGAUGAAACCGGAAACGCAGCACUUUGCUCAAGGGAUGUUUAAAACUUUGAGGCACAUUUAUAAAGAUAAUGGUGUGAUUAAGGGGCUUUACAGGGGCAUGUCUAUUAAUUAUAUGAGGGCUAUUCCUAUGGUUGCCACUUCGUUUUCUACUUACGAGUUGUGCAAACAGUUUAUGGGGCUUGAUACUGGAAUAGCUGUAUGAUAAUUUGUUUUGUCUAGGAAAUUUUGUCUCUCUAUAGCUUUACCAAAACCAGUUACUUGAUUUUAGGAUUAAGCAAGGACUUAGUUAGUUAGAUAAAUUUUUACAUUUAGACCAGUUUCUUGUGAUGUUUGGUAUUUGAGAUCAAAUUCCACAACAUAUUUAGUAAAAUUGAUUUUGAUUGG